AUGUCUGACAUUGAUAUUAGAAGAAGACUAAUUUAUGGAAAAGGAUUGUCAAUUAAUAAUAAAUUAAAUAAAGAUUAUAACGAAAAAAUAAAGAAAGAAAAAGAAACAUACAUUGAUUAUUCAAUAUGGUUUUUGACAAUCAUUAUUAUUGUGUUUUGUUAUAUUACAGUUGUUUAUUUUGAUAGAUUAAUGCCUCCAAUACGUAAAUCUGAUGAUAUUAAUAAUUUUUCUGAGGAACGUGCUAGAUUAAUUUUAAAUAAAAUUGUAUCAUUUGGUCCUAGACCAAGUGGUUCUGAUGCCUGUGAAAUUGAUGCAUUUAAUCUUAUUAAUAAUAAAUUAACUGAUAUACAAAAAAUAGUAAAUGAUAAAAAUGUAAAUAGUAUGGAUAUUGAUAUUCAAAGACCAUCUGGAUGUUUUGACUUAAAAUUCUUGUCAUCGUUUACAUUAUGUUAUCAUAAGGUAACCAAUAUUAUUGCUCGAAUUGGUCCAAAAAAUAGUAAAAAAAAGGCACUUCUACUUAAUUGUCAUUAUGAUACCAUACCUGAUGCAUAUGGUUCAACAGAUGAUGCUAUAUCAUGUGCUAUAAUGAUAGAUAUUUUAAAUGUAUUAGGAAAUUCUGAUAAAUCACUUGAUAGUGAUGUAAUUUUUUUAUUUAAUGGUGCAGAAGAAAAUUUUCUUCAAGCAUCUCAUGGUUUUAUAACAAAACAUAAAUGGAGAAAUGAUGUUCGUGCUUUUAUUAAUUUAGAAGGAGCUGGAGCUGGUGGUCGUGAAUUACUUUUUCAGGCAGGACCUGGUGAUUCAUGGUUAUUGAAAGCUUACCUUGACAAUGCACCAUAUCCACAUUGUACAGUACUAGCACAGGAUGUUUUUCAAUCUGGAAUAAUUCCUUCAGAUACAGAUUUUAGAAUUUUCCGUGAUUUUGGUAGUAUUUCAGGAUUAGAUAUUGCAUAUAAUAAAAAUGGAUGGUUAUAUCAUACAGAAUUUGAUUUACCUAAAUAUGUUGAAAAUGGAUCACUUCAAAGAAGUGGUGAUAAUAUUUUAGCAACAAUAAAAGCUGUAUUAAAAGCACCUCAAAUGCAAUCAAAAGAAUAUAUAUAUGAUGAAACAACAUAUGUUUUUUAUGAUUUUCUUGGAUUAUUUGUUAUCUAUUACUCAAAAUCUAUUGGUUAUUAUAUUAACUAUCUUUCACUUAUUUUAGUAAUUGCAAAUACAAUCAGUAAUUUUAAAACAUACAAAUAUACUUUAAUGGAUAUACCUAAAGCUAUUUUAAAAAAUAUAUUAAUAUUAAUUGGACUUAUAAUUUGUGGUCUUUUAACAAUACUUUUAAUUUCAAUUUUUGGUUUACAUAUGAUAUGGUAUGCAACACCUGAACUUGUAUUUCCAACAUAUGUAUUUCCAAUGAUUUUAGUUGGAUUUACUAUUAAUAUAUAUCUUGGAAGUAAAUCUAAAAAUAUACCUAUUAAAAAUGAAGUUUUACAAUAUGAUGGUGCACUUAUAAUGUUCUCAAUAAUUCUUAUUAUUUGUAAUCAAUCACGUUUAGCUAGUUGUUAUUAUAUAAUGAUUCAUAUUUUAUUUCCAUCAUUAAGAACAAAUUUAUUAAAUAUUCUUGAAAGAUAUAAUUUACUUAAUAAGAUGAAUAGAAAUUCUGUACUUAUAGUUACUGGAAUAUGUUGUAUACCAUUAAUCAUCUUCGUCUGUUAUGGAUGUAUGCUUAUUUUUGAUUUUUUUAUACCUGUUGCUGGAAGACUUGGAAAUGUUUUUAAUCCUGAAUUUUUAAUUAUGGGAAUUUCAGUUGCUGUAUCAUAUACAAUUACUUUAUAUGCUGGUCCAUUUAUUUAUACAACAAAAAAUGCUAGAAAAGCAAUAAAAUAUGGUUUUGCAUGUUAUAUUUUAUUAUUUUUUAUAAUCUCAACAACACGUAUAGGUGAACCAUAUAAAUUUUCAGAAGAUCAACCAAGAUUAAGAAGAAUAAUAGCUUUACAUGCUGAAAGAAAAGUAUAUGGAUAUGAUGGUGAAUUAAAUUUUUCUGAUUAUGGUUUAUUUUUACAAUCAUUUGACUAUAGAGGUGUUGAAGAUUUUCCAGAACAUACAUUUUUGACAUCAGAUACUCCUCCUAAUUGUGAUCAUACAGAAGAUGAAUAUUGUCAACUUCCAUAUUAUACAGCAAUACAUGAACUAUUUCCACCACAUAAAUCAAGAUAUAUUCCAGUACCAACUAAACCAACAUUUUCACAUCCUAUGGUUUUAAAAAAAUUAGAUAAAAAAAUAAUAAAUAUUGACGGGAAAGAAUAUAUAAAUAUUACAUUAGGACUUCAUGGAGGUGUUGAUAAACUUUCACUACAUUUAACACCAUUAAAUAAAUUUAAAUUAUUUAAAUGGAGUUUUACAAAUAUUGACUUUGAAAUUUUUGGUAUUCGCAAAACUUAUUUUGUAUUUCUAACAUAUGGUUUUGAACGGGAAGAUGAAAGAAUAUUUUGGAUUGUAUUAGAAAAUAAUAGUGAUAAUAUAAAUAAGUACAUUAAUGAACCUGUUCUUGAGGUAACUGCUGCUACUCAUUAUGCACAUGGAAAAUAUCAAAAUACUGAAACAUUAUUGCAACUUAGAAAUAUAAUAAGUACUAGAAGAAAACAAGCUAAUUUGGCUAUUGGAUGGUAUCGUUGGGCUAUGACUCUUCUUGGUGGUGCUGUUGAAACUAUUUCACAUAUAUAUUAA